AUGGGGCUUUUGGCGUUGGGUACGCCUCUCGAUUGGCCCGAAGCCAAGAAAAAUGCGAACCAUGUUCGCGAAUGGGGAGUAGAGCAAUUAUUGGCCAUUUGGAACAAGGCAAAGGGGAAAGAAAAGGAUGCGUUGCUGUGGGGAGACGAGAUUGAAUAUCUGGUGGUAAACUACAAGAAAGAAGACCCGGAUGUUACUUUGUCCUUACGCCAGGCGGACAUCUUGACUGCUCUGGCCCAAGAUGAAAAUUUAUGUGCAGAGGGAGGCUGUGUGCCAGAUCUACAAAACGUGGAUGGCAAGGCCACCCUUCCCAUCUUUCAUCCUGAAUUCGGACGAUUCAUGUUGGAGGCUACGCCAGGAAAGCCAUGGGGAAUUGGCUUCAAGGAUCUACUGGACGUCGAGACCAACAUGAGAUUGAGACGAAAGAUUGCCAAAGAACACAUGCACCCAGAAGAAUUCCCUAUCACAUUGACGACAUAUCCUCGCCUUGGUAGCCCCGGUACAUUCACAUCACCAUAUUACCCGCCAUCUGGAGAUAAAUUGCGAUCUCAGUUCGUCCCUGAUGAGAUUGCCAAUCCUCACAUACGGUUCCCUACCCUGGCCGCGAAUAUUCGCUCCCGCCGGGGUCGAAAAGUUCAAGUCAAUGUACCUGUUUUCAGAGAUGAGAACACUCCAUGGCCAUGGAAAGAUCCUACUGUUCAGUAUGAUCUUCAUAAAUGGCCGGAGGAUGACGAUGUACGAAACGGAGCUUCGCCGGACAAUUUCAUACAUAUGGAUGCCAUGGCUUUUGGAAUGGGAAGCUGCUGUUUGCAAAUCACGUUUCAGGCCAAAAAUAUCACCGAAGGACGAAGGAUGUAUGAUCAGCUGAGUCCAUUGGGACCCGUACUUCUUGCUUUGACCGCAGCAACGCCGAUCUACAAGGGCUUCCUGGCAGACACCGAUGUGCGGUGGAACCAGAUCAGCGCUGCAGUGGACGAUCGAACUCCCGAGGAGCUGGGAGAAAGGCCGCUGAACGAGAACCGGUGGCGAAUCCCCAAAUCUCGCUACGCAUCAAACUCGACAUACAUAUCAGACGAUGCUCGACUACGCAAGGAAUACCUAGAUCCCAACCUAAUUACUGAUCCUGAUGUCAAGCAACAACUCAUACACGGUGGUGUCGACUCCGUCCUGGCUACCCACUUCGCCCAUCUCUUUAUCCGUGACCCUCUGGUUAUCUUCGCCGAAGACCUCCAAGAACUGGACCUCACGAAGACUGACCACUUCGAGAACCUGCAAUCCACCAAUUGGCAACACAUCCGGUUUAAGCCCCCACCGGCGGGCAGCGACAUCGGAUGGAGGGUCGAAUUCCGACCUAUGGAAAUUCAGAUCACGGAUUUCGAGAACGCAGCCUUCUCCGUCUUCAUGGUCCUCAUCACCCGUGCUAUUCUGAGCUUCGACUUGAAUUUUUAUAUUCCGAUCCAAAAGACAGAUGAGAACAUGGAGACAGCCCAUAAAAGAGACGCUGUUUUACAAGACAGAUUCUACUUCCGCAAGAACCCAUUCCCCACCCGCUUCUCACGGCCAUACUCGCAGAACGGAGGAUCCCGCUCUGAAACCGACACCCCAACGAUCAGUCGCCCGCCGACGCCCACUGGCCCCGUUGAAGAUGAGUAUGCUCUCAUGAGCAUCGAUGAGAUCAUGAACGGCAGCAAGGCUGAUUCGGGCUAUGAUUUCCCUGGCUUGAUCCCACUUGUGGAAAGCUAUCUCGAUAGCAUGAAUGUGGAUGUCGAGACCCGGUGUGAGCUAGCGGCAUAUCUCAAUCUCAUCAAAAGGCGAGCAAAUGGCGGUCUCUGGACGGCCGCCAAGUGGAUCAGGGAGUUCGUGGCCGGCCAUGAGAAUUAUGAGAAAGAUAGUGUGGUGAGCGAGAAGAUCAACCAUGACUUGAUUGGAGAGGUCAUUGCCAUUGAGGGUGAUAGGCGGGAAGGCGUCCGGAAUGUAGAGCACUUCUUGGGCAAGCAUAGUAAUGGGUGCGGUGAUUGA